AUGGAUGAUGCAAAGUUCUCGCUUCCUUCCAUCUCGAAAUUACUGGGCAUCGCUGAUGCCGGCUCGACCAACACUACAACGUCUCCAGACUCCGCCUCUGAAUCUCGUGCUGAGCUCAAAAGCCCUGAGAGACAACGCCAGUCUAGGAGGACGGGAAGGGGCUCUGAGUUUUUCGAUCAACUUACUUCGUCGACCCGACGACAAGAGACACCUUUUGUCAGUGCGUACAGUGGAUAUUCACAUCACCAACACCGUCAUCAGCCAAGGUCUUCCCCUCCCACGCCACCGCUAGGAACAGAUUCCUUUGAAAGUCGCCAUCAAGGCAACGGUGUUUUUGCUGCCAGGCACCUUUUCGAAGUGACACCUCCCCCAACCGAGCCUGACGUCUCCUCUAAUCCCCACUCGGAACAAUCCUCAAUACCUCAAAGUCAACUUGCGCAGCCGCCGGAAACUUACCAGCCGCAUCAGCCCGGAGCAUUCCAGAGCUCAAAGAGUCUCGACAGCUAUCUUGAUCCUGCAGCAUCACCGAGCACAUCCUCGUCUUCGCAUGCUCAGCUUUCGGGUUUCUACGAUCAUCAAGCUUUGCCGCAGAACUAUUCCCAAGCCACGACUCCGGUAGAGUAUGCCGCUGUUUCUUCAACAGGUCCUUGGCAGCAUCAUCACUAUUUGAGUCCCAUGCACGGCAUGUCGUAUCCUCAGAGCCAAGACCGGUAUAUUUGCCCUACCUGCAGCAAAGCUUUCAGCCGUCCCAGCAGUCUGCGAAUUCACAGCCACUCUCAUACAGGAGAAAAGCCCUUCCGAUGCCCGCAUGCCGGGUGUCGCAAGGCCUUUAGCGUUCGCAGCAACAUGAAACGUCACGAGCGAGGAUGCCAUAGCUUCAACGUAGAUACCGAUCGACCCCACAUGCGGUGA